UGUUUGAGUUGGUCCUUGAGUCGUUUAAGCUACAAGGAUCAGGGUCUGAAAGCAAGCAUUGCUUACAAGAGGAGGCAGCUCGACCCUCUGCAAGUAGCUCUAGACAAAUUGUGUUGUGGAAAGAAAGCAUACCAAGUUGGACCUAUCUUUUCUGGGGGAGAACUUAAUCCUUUUAGCUUGCAUCACAGGAUGCUGCAUAAGACCAAAAAUUGAGCUGAGGAGAAGCAGCUACUUAGAGAAAUAAAUGCAAGCCAAAGGACGGCUGUUAGUUCAUGUCUUUCGUUGGAAGAGCUUAACUAUAGUGUAAGAUUGAACUCCGAAUUCGUGAACAAGUAAAGACUUGGCCAUUUUGGUUUUGUAAGCUUUUGACUUCUUUUCCCCCCUCUUUGGGGUCUUCUUGGAGCAGAUCCACUCUUCAUACCAAAGGAUGGAAUCAUUGGAAUGCGAGAGAAGAAGUUCAGCUGAGAAAAAGCACUUCCUCAGAGAGAUCAGAGAACUUGAAGUGAAAAGGGACAACAUGAUCUCUAAUGCUAAUUUGAAGGGAAAGAUUUUGGAUUCAUUGGGUUCAAAAGAAGCUAUAAAAACCCAGAUCAAGCUUAUCAGAACUGAAUUGGAUGGAAUGAAGAAGAAACAACAGUCAGUUAAGGCUGAAAUUGAACAGGCUGAGAAAGAGAUGGAGGCCAUGGAGAUGUAUAUAGGUUCUUUACAGGAGAGAUUGGUAGCUAUAAACCAAGAAAGGAAAGGAACAGUCAAACACCUUAAUGAACUGCGAAAGCAAUGCGAUAAAGCGAUGACUUGCUACAAAGAAGGAUGUUGCUGCCCACGCCAGACUUGAGGAAUGUCAACAGAAGAUUAUCAAAGGAUGGAUUAAUGAUCAGGAAGCCAAGACAAACCACUUGUUUUGAAGCAACAAAGUACACAACAAACCAGUGAGGAAAGCAAGCCUUCAAUGGAAAAUCAUUCACUAAAUCAUCAGACUCUAGUUUCAAAACUAGAGGAAUCCAAGCUUGUUUCUGUAUUAAUUAAUUGAAGCCUGUCUCAGGAAUGAACAUGGAACUCCAGUGUAAAACACAAUAUGUUGUGCUGAAAAUUGUAUU